CUGGUGCUGGUUAAAGAUGCUACACGUGCAGUUUGCCUGCGGUGUACUGUAUGCAGUGUUAGUGCAGUGUGGUCAGAGGUUGAAGCCAAGUGAGACCCAAAAUUGUGGCAUGCAUGAAAAUUCACGGAUUUUUGUAGUGCCUCAAGGAUUUGCCUCACACGUUUCGAUAGCAUAAAAGCGUGUACAUCAAAGAUGUUUCUACUAUUAUGGAGCCGGAGAGGUUUCAUGAGGCCAACCAACUUAUUCUUUGGCAGGAGUCCAAAGAGAGUGGAUAGCCACCUCCCUGUGCUUGCAAAGAAAGUUAACUUGAGUCGUCAAAACUGUCUGCGUUCUAUGUCCCAACAGUUAAACAAGUCACAGUUGGGGAAACAUCCUUGCCGGCUGAGCCAACUUGCUGACUGCAGCAAAACACAUGUGUGCAGAUGCAGUACUUUGAAUCAUUCAGAACUAGAUGAUGCCUUGAGAUCACGAGGGGCAACGACUACAGAGGAUGGUGAGAUUAAGGAAAAAGAGGACACGGAUGAUGGAUUGGCUCGCAUCAAGGCGGCCAAGUUGGAGAUUGAGGUGAUGCAGAGCUCAGGGUCUCCGGUGCCAGACUCUAUCAACGAGUUUGACUUGGAUUACUUCAGCGCGCUUACCUCCAAGAGGUCCCGUAAGAGGUUCCUGGCAUUCCUGUACAAGAAGCAGAUGCAGCGCUUGAAGGACAAGGAGAAGCGGAGGCUGGCCAGGGAGGCGAAGGAGGCAGAAGCUCCGAAGGCUGAGGAAGACAUGGACCUACCACUGAAGAACCGGCUCUUCUUGCAACUCCAGCAGCAGAGUGUCCUCCAGUUCGACCACUGGCACCUGGCUGCAGGGAUGAAGUUUGGCCCCAAGUUGGUCUACGACUUCAGCUAUGAGGAGCACAUGAGGCGGCCGGAGAUCAUCAGCCUGGUCAAUCAGCUGAUGCUGGGGGUGAGUGCCAACAAACUCGCCAGGGACCCCUUUGACAUCCACUGGAUGGGAUUGCAGGAAGGCAGCGCAACGAUGCGGGAGAUCAAGAGGAUGCUGGGGGAAUCUUUCAACUCCGUCAUGGUCAACAUCACCGACAAGCAAGUCCAGGACGUCUUUCCCAUGGAGGACAUUGUGUACCUCACUGCCGAUUCCCCCAACAUCAUGAGAUCCUACGACCCGAACAAAGUCUACAUCAUCGGUGCCUUAGUUGACAGUCAUAAAAUCCUCCGAGGCGUGUCCUUUGCCAAAGCUAAGCGGCUUGACCUGGCUCAUGCCCGCCUCCCGUUGGACCUUUUCCUGAAAUGGAGCUCGGGGGGUAAGAAUCUGACCCUGGAUCAAAUGAUCCAGAUCCUAAUUGAGCUUAACACCUCGGGGGAUUGGGUCAAAGCUCUUAACCACGUCCCAGUGCGGAAACACACCGGACUGAAAUCGGAACAAACUUUGGAGCAAUUCGAUCCCAAGAAUCAUGAGCAGAGGACAUUUGAGAAAAGUCCCCCACAAGAAGAGGUGAGGUUCGCUUUUAGUCGAGCCACUCAUUCUCGUAAAUGGCCAGUACUGGAAGAACCAACGCUCAGCCACUCAAAGAGAAGAAGCAGCUUCUCAAUGAGGCAGAGAGUGAGACAGAUCAUUGAUAAGGAAGAAGAUGAUCCAUCGAAUGAGACGGUAUUCAGCGCGUCUGGAGGGUACAGAUAUCAUCAGACCAGUUCCAACAAAGAUAGACAGUGGUUUGAAGACUGAGUAAUGGAAUCAAGGACAUGAACUCAAUCAAUCCAUAAACUGCAGGCUUCCGGUCAGCAAGGAUGACCUGAUAAUGUGUUGAUUCACUUUGGAAUUUUUAACCAUAUGCUGCCAGGUUCUUUUAAAAAUGCAGUGCCUACAUACUGUAUGGGCGAUUUUCAAGAUUUUCCGUUUUCUAAUUCCUCAAGAAUUCAUAAUUUCAUUUAAUGGACGUUUACACCCACAUGAAAGACUGCUUGGUGUCUACUCUUAUCUGACAUGCAACCUCCAUUGACGUCCAAGUAUUUCAGCCAGGCCUGCCGGCCUGUAAAGAGAGCUCAGAAUUGCAAGUGUUACGUGUUCCCAACGAAUGCCAGUGGCUUCUUUUCAAACAAGGCUGGAUUUGCGUGCAGCGGUACUGUAUCGCUCAUCGAUGGGGAGCUGGAGCAGUUUUGUCCGCGGUGCUAAUCCACGGGCGGGCUAAGCCAAAAACAGUGGUAUGCUGUAUCAAAACAGUGAUGGAUUACCUCCAAUAAAUGCAAGCUUAAAAAUGAUGGCAAUUCCUAGCAACAAGUCUUUUAUUCCGAGUACAGUCUUUGUUACAAGGCCCAGCUCUUUUGUCCGAUUUCGGGCACCCCAGCUACGCAUACAAACCCAAAGUACCCGAAACCGGGCUCCCCCGCGGCAUAUGGUUAAGACAAUUUAGAGAGCUUUUAUGAUGGGUGAAUUCAAUAAGGGUUGAGAGGUCCCAUGUUUAGGACAUCAUAGUAUCCUGGUUACAUGUAUAUUUAUUGCACAAAUAAAUUGCAGAUGGUAGUAAACCGUUUGAGUAGCAUCAGUGCAACAAGUCCAAAACUUUGUCGUGUACACAAAUAUUUGUCAAAGAAUGCACUCUCACAUGGACUUCUAGUAAAAACCUAAACAAUGAAGGUGUGCCAUCAACCAAUAUCAAUACUUGAAAAGUUCUUUUCAGUGUGGCUGGAAAAUUUUUGAGGCAUUCGAUUGUGUUCAAUAAAUAUUAUACUGUAAUAGAUAAAGUGA